AAAUUUGCAUCAGCAGUCAACUCGAAUUCGUAAAAAAUCGCGAAUGUUAAAACGGCAGGAUAGAGUUUGCUUAUUCCUCCUCUUGCCUACGUCAUAAGAUGGCGGACACAACGACAGAAAGUUCACGAUAAUUUUGGCGGAUUUUGUUACCAGCUUUCAUUCAGUGAGGAUCUUCCACUGCAGUGUCAUCAAUGUCUACAUCUGAAGUGAAGUCUGCGAGCACUGCUGAGGCGAUGGAGGUGGACGAGCCGGCGGCGGGCCCGAGCGGCGCCUCAGCGGCCAUGCCCGACCUGGACCGCGUCGUACUGGACGUGUCGGACAGUGAGGACGAACGUGACGAGUUCGGGCUGGUGGAGACGGCGCUGAGCCAGGCGUUACGGCCCGUGCUGCGCCGCUGUGACGACGUGCUGGAGGACCCGGACAGUGUGCAGGUGUCGGCCAUCACCUCGGAGCAGCGCCGCGCGCUCGGCAGGGUGGACGGCGACGGCACGGGUCCGCGGGCGGAGAUCGUCACCGACUUUGUCAAACUGGAGGUGGAGGAACACGAGCUGGAGGAGGAGCCGGCCGACGGCGACCCGGCCUGGACCAUCUCGGAGACGUUCAGCACGCCGCGCGCCGAGGACCACACCGGCUACGGCCGGCCCUACAAGACCACCUCGGUGGACCGGCGCGCGCGCGGCCGCGGUGUGCGCGUGGCCACCACUCCGGGCGUGGCGCCCAGCCGCGGCCGCGGCUCGCCGGUGGGCCGCGGACGGGCGCCGGCCACCCCGGGCCGAGGCCGGGCGCGCGGCAGGGGACGCGGCGGCCGCGGGCGGGGCCGCGGUCGUGGGCAGAUCCAGAUCCAGCCCUCGCCCGGGGUGGUUCAUCUGCAGGCGGGCCGGCCGGUCAAUAAGCUGAACGGCCCGAUCGAGGUGCUGCUGCUGCCCGAGCGCGAGCUGCGAGUGGCCGUGGUGCGUGACCGGCUGGUGCUCCAGUGGAUCGACGAAAACGUCACCGAGACUGUGCCGUCCUACAACGUACUCACCUUCAUGGAGCUGGUGAAAAUCAAGGAGGCACUCACCAAAAUGGUGGAGAAAUGCAACAGAGAUGGUCCUGACGAGCACGUGCCGCGCCUGCGCACCGCUCGGCGCACCGCCAUCUCGUGGGUGGAGACUCGGCUGAGGGCCGAGGCGCAGGGAGACAUCGUGCCGAGCACCCACGGCAAACAGGGCAAGUCCAAGUACGACGCGCUGCCGGGCCCACCGACGCCGGUGACGCCGUCCUCGAAGGUGGGCGGCUCGUCGGCGCUGGGAGACACUCCGCGCGGCCGCGGCCGACCGCUGCUGCCCAAAGCGGCCUCCGUCGGUCCGCCGGUCCUGCGCGCUGCGCUGACCGGCUCGCGCCAGGCCACGCUGCCCGGCCAGACACCAGCGCCGGUGGAUGACUCGGAUGACCCCGACUACGACCCGACCCUCAGCGACGGCUCCGUGCCCAUGAAGCCGCGCAAACCGCAGACUCCGCGGGCGCAGACGCAGCCGGCCAACCUGCCCACCAACCCGUUCGGCUCGGCCCGGCUGGUCAACAUCAACACCCAGGUGAAGAACCCCAAGUCCAGCCGCGACAUCGUCAUCCUGCAGGCCAAGCUGCGCGACCUGCAGAACGUGGGUGCCGAGCUGCGCCGUGCCGUCGACUACUUCAGCGUCGAGGCCCAGAAGGACAAGGGCAAGAUCAACCGUCUGAAGAACGAGGGCGUCGUGCUGGAGAAGAAGCUGAAGGAACUGGAGGCCAGUAUCCUGGGCAACUCGCCCAGCGUCCUCAUCAGCCUGCUGGACAAGGAUAAGCGGAAGGCGCUGACGGCCAGCGACGAGGCCGUCCUCGAGUGUGGCGAGCUGCUCAGCGAGGUCGGCUCCAGCAACUACGCCUUCGUGGUGGGACAGGGCCUGCCGCUGCUCUCCGCCAAGGAGCUCGAGGAAAAGACGCGCGGCGCGACGAUGGACUGGAGUCUGGACCAGGCGGAGCUGGUGGCCGCCGCGGCGCCCGUCACGCCGGUCGCCGGCCGCGGCCGGGGCAGGAAGAGGAAGCGGGCCGCCGUGGACCCGGGCGCGGCUGUGGACGCCGCCGUGGAGGCAGUGGUGUCGGGUGCUGGAGGCGGCGGCGGCGGCGGCGGCGGCGGUGGCGGUAUCGGCGCGGAGCGCAGCACACCACAGGCCACUGUGGGAACGGUGGACGGCUCGGAGCACAUCAGCCUGCCGCAGGAGGUGCUGGAGCAGGUGAUGAACGGCAAGGGAUACCUGGUGGACGAGAACGGCGAGCGGCUCGAGAUCAGGGUGCUCGGCGACCAGGUGCAGGCGCAGUAGCGCCGCCGGCGGAGCGGAACAGUACCUAAACAGCGGCGGCUGGACGCGGGGAGCAACGGCGUGCGCGAGAGCGUGGGGAUAUCGGCGUCAGUCAGUCGAUGUGAGUCCGUGCGAGCGCCGCCGUCCGACCGCAGCGCGCCGCCGGACAGUCCCCGUACUCCGCCGGCAGCGGCCCGGGGUACGGAGUGAUGGCCAUUGCCGGCGCGGUCCCCGGCCCCAGUCAGCCGGCGGGCAGGGACGGCGCGCGCCCCCAGUGCUCCGCGAGGCACACCGCGCACAGACGGAGGGCCGGCGCCGUCCAGUGGCCAACCGAGACGGCGCCGACGUCACCCCUCAUACCCACAGUUCAUCGGCCAUGCAGCAUGUCAUCACUCAUACCGGCGGUGUACAUACAAGUAUUCAUUCGUUAUCGGAA